CCCGCGCGGAGCCCGCGCUCCUGCCCUGCUCGCGCUUUCUCGCUCGCGCUCCCCGGAGUCUCCUCAGCGCGGCGGCGGCGGGGGGCGGCGGCGGCGGCUCCCACCAUGUCGGGCGAGGAGGAGGCGGCCGAGCUCACCAUCGCCGAGGACCUGGUGGUGACCAAGUACAAGAUGGGGGGGGACAUCGCCAACCGGGUCCUGCGUGCGGUGGUGGAAGCGGCAAACUCUGGAGCUUCGGUUCUCUUCCUGUGCGAGAAGGGAGACGCCAUGAUCAUGGAAGAGACUGGCAAGAUUUUCAAGAAGGAAAAAGAAAUGAAAAAAGGUAUUGCCUUCCCAACGAGUAUAUCGGUAAAUAACUGUGUCUGUCACUUCUCCCCACUGAAGAGUGACCAAGACUACAUCCUCAAAGACGGAGACUUGGUCAAAAUUGACUUGGGAGUCCACGUCGAUGGCUUCAUAGCGAAUGUAGCACACAGUUUUGUCAUAGACGCCUCCAAGGAAAACCCCGUGUCAGGCCGUAAAGCCGAUGUCAUCAAGGCGGCUCAUCUUUGUGCCGAAGCCGCGCUGCGCUUGGUAAAGCCUGGAAACCAGAACACACAAGUGACAGACGCGUGGAACAAAAUAGCCCACUCGUUUCACUGCACGCCGAUCGAAGGGAUGCUGUCGCACCAGCUGAAACAGCACGUGAUCGAUGGAGAGAAAACAAUCAUCCAGAACCCUACAGACCAGCAAAAGAAGGACCACGAAAAAGCAGAAUUUGAGGUCCAUGAAGUUUAUGCUGUUGACGUUCUUGUCAGCAGUGGAGAGGGAAAGGCAAAGGACGCCGGCCAGAGAACUACGAUUUACAAAAGGGACCCCUCCAAACAGUACGGCUUGAAGAUGAAAACCUCCCGUGCCUUUUUCAGCGAGGUGGAGAGGCGCUUUGAUACUAUGCCAUUUACUCUCAGGGCAUUUGAGGAUGAGAAGAAGGCCAGGAUGGGGGUGGUGGAAUGCGCCAAACACGAGCUGCUCCAGCCUUUCAAUGUCCUCUACGAGAAGGAAGGAGAGUUUGUUGCACAGUUCAAAUUCACAGUGCUUUUAAUGCCCAACGGUCCCAUGAGGAUAACCAGCGGCCCCUUCGAACCGGAACUCUACAAAUCCGAGUUUGAGGUGCAAGAUGGAGAACUGAAGGCCCUUCUACAAAGUUCUGCAAGCCGGAAGACCCAGAAAAAGAAGAAAAAGAAGGCUUCCAAGAACGCCGAGAACGCCACCACGGGGGAGACGGCGGAAGAGAACGAGGCCGGCGACUGAGCAGCGCCCGCUCCCUCCACGUAGCGCCCGAUUCACACACAGUCGCCCCCUUUUUCCCCCCCCCUUCCCCCCCCGCCCGAAAAAAAAAAAUUUAAAAAAACCAAACACAAAAACAAAACAAAACAAAAAAACAAACCCCACACAAAAACCAGAAGCGAAAUAACCCGGCACUGUUUGUCUCAUAACGACCAAACACCAAACAGGCUGGACUUCCCACUGACUACAACCAGCUCCUCUUGACUUUGCCAACCAGGGAGGGUUCUCUCAGCCACUUCAGACUUCUUAAAAAGAAAGCAGAAAAAUAAAAUCAGGAGUAAAAGCUAGUCUAUAAUCCACUCUUUCUAACCUUUUAUACUCCCCACACAUGAAGAGUUGAACAACCAACUGAGAGAGGGAGCGAAGAGAGCCGCCUGCUUUCCGCUUCCUCCCUUUUCUCUUUUCUUUUUUUUUUUUUUUUUUUUUAAAAUUUCUCCCUUUACAGAUUUUCUUGGAGGGGGGAAAAAAAAGAAAAAAAACCAACCAACCAAAACCCAACCCAACAGCUGAUCACGCCCGAGGAAAAAACAAAAAGAAACCGCCCUGUGUUUGGCGACCCGGUACGCGUGGACGGUGGAAGGCGAUCGGCCGCGCAGGCAUUCCUCGCCGAUACCCUGGGGCGGAGGAUUUCUCGCUCUUCUCUUUUAGCCUCUAGAUUGUACAUUUAUAAUUGGGAAGAAAAAAAAAAAAAUAUAAAAUUUUAUGUCCCCUGUGAAACUGUAGACUGUUCCGUCUACUCUGGUCUGUCUCUGCCUUGAUUUUUACGUAUAAACGCUCUAUUUUUUAACA